ACCUACAAUUCUCAUUCACAACUAAAAUCAUCGGUCAUUUAUUUAGUAUAUGAAAACAAGCUUGAAUACAAUGGCUAAUUUAUUUCCAACUAAUAAUAUCCAGAAACUAUUUACUGUUGUUUUAGUGAUCUUGCUAGCAACAGAUCUGGUGAACUCAGUUUCUUUCAGCAUCUCAGACUUCAGAACUAUAAAAUCAUCUCUAAUCCUUCAAGAGUAUGCCAGUAUUUCAGAAAGUGGGGUUUUGGAACUUAUCAACGCUAGUGUGGUUACUAAUGAGGUAGGCCGUGCCUUGUAUACAAAACCCAUUCCCCUUUGGGACCGUUCCACCGGAAACGUUGCUAGCUUUGUUACCACCUUCUCUUUUACCUUGGAAGACAUUAAUGGAUCUAAUCCGCCAGCUGAUGGACUUGUCUUCGUACUUGUACCAAGUGAUGGAUGGUAUCCCGGCGACUCGGCUGGUGGAAACUUGGGAGUAGUUGAUGCAGGUAAAUCUUACAAUAACUUUGUUGGUGUAGAAUUCGACAAUUAUAUCAAUGAAUGGGAUCCCAAUUAUCCACAUAUUGGAAUCGACGUCAACUCUAUCAAAUCAUUGAAGACAAAACCAUGGAAAAGGGUGAACCUGGCCUUGGUCAAGGUAAGUAUCGCUUAUGACUCUGAUUCUAAGAUUUUGAGUGUUGUUUUAACCGAUGAUCUUGGCCAACUUUCUACUGUCGCUCAAGUUGUUGAUUUCAAAGAUGCACUCCCAGAAACAGUUAGGGUUGGUUUUUCUGCUGCCACAUCAACACUGUCGCGUCAAGUUCACAACAUUCAUUCCUGGGAUUUUACUUCAAUUCUUAAGACAACUACAAGCAGCACCAACUCAAGUGCUAAUAUUUCAAGCUAUGUUGCAUGAUGAUUUCACUACUGUUUUCUAAAUAAGGACAAUAUAUAAGCUAGCUAGCUAUAUGAUCUAGCUUGUCAUCCAUGUUUCAGUUUUUUCUUUCUUUCUAAUAAUGAUCACGCUAGCUCUUAUAAAGAUGCUUGCUCCGUCACUGUCAGACUGACGAGUUGGCCAUCGAGGAUGCGGCUUCUCAGGAAGUUUUGUUUUGCCAAUA